AUGGUGUCGUUUGAUGUUGUGGCAUUAUUUACUUCAAUCCCGGUGGAAUUAGCAGUUCAGAUUGCGGCUUCAAGACUGGAUAAGGAUUUAACAUUAGUAAAAAGGACGUCAUUAUUAGCACAGGAUGUUGUUGAACUCUUGGAGUUUUGUCUAAAAUCGACAGAAUUCCAAUUCAGAGGAAGAUAUUAUAAGCAAAUACAUGGUACAGCAAUGGGGUCACCGGUGUCGGUGAUUGUGGCUAAUUUAGUGAUGGAAGAAUUGGAAAUCAAAGCGUUGAAUACUUUUGUUGAUAGUCUGAGGUUUUAUUACAGAUUUGUGGAUGACACGAUCACAGCACUGAAGAAAUCGCAGAUUUCUAACUUCCAUGACCAUUUGAACACUCAAAGUGAUCACAUUAAGUUUACAGUGGAGAGAUAUAAUAAGAAGGAAGGCCUUGCGUUUCUUGAUACGCUAAAUAAAGUUAGUGAUGAUGGUAUGGUCCACACAAAGGUAUACCGAAAGCCGAUGCAUUCGGAUCGAUAUUUACCGUUCGAUUCCCAUCAUCCAAGGCAGCAUAAGAAUGCGGUUGCAAGGACACUCUUUAGAGAGCCAGUUGGCGUAUGUAAUGAUGCGAAGGAGCAAAAGCAAGAAGAGAAACGAGUAUAUAAAGUUUUGAGAGGCAACGGUUACCCUAAAGAAAUGUUAACGAGAAUUUGUAGGGAAAUUGGAAGUGGUAAUUUAUCAGUGGGCGAUGCUGAACAACCAACAGACCUGGAUAAGGGCAAUGGUUUAGUAGUCCUUCCGUAUAUUCAAGGUACAACGGAACGAUUAAAACGGACAUUAAUUAAAAACGGAUUUAAAGUUGCAAUGAGGCCGGUAUGCACGUUGAAAAAACAGUUAGUAAAACCAAAGGAUGUAUUAUCAAUCCAAGAACAGACAGGGGUGGUGUAUAGCAUCCCCUGUGCGGGCUGUGAUGUAGAAUACAUUGGUGAAACAGGACGAGCUUUUGGAACGCGAGAGAAGGAACACAAGGCAGCAGUCCGUUUAGGGAAGAUUGAAAAGUCAGCUUUGGCUAAGCAUGGGUAUGAUUGUGAGCAUGGUAUAGCAUGGAACGAUUCAAAAUUAUUAUGUAAAGAGAGCAGAUGGGCGCAACGUAAAUGGAAAGAAGCAUGUAUGAUUGAGCAAUCGGGUAACGGUAUUUCGAACAGAGAUAAUGGUAGGAUACUUCCUGACGUUUAUAAGCCGAUUUUAAAGAAAUAA